AUGGAAUGGGCAUGCUCUUUGCCUGUUGAGAUGGUUGAACCUCCUCACUGGCUUACGGACAAGGGUGUGAAUCAGAUAGUUUUGAAAGAGUACAACAGGGCUCGACUGGGAUUUAUGAACAUUUUGACAAGUGAAGAAGAAAACUCAAGUUACAAUGCCAGACAACACGAUGAAACUGUCGGCUAUCAUGAACCAAGCUUGGGAGAUGGGAACAUUCCGGUCUAG